AUGUCUCUCUCCCUUGAGCACAUCGAUGCUUGUCUUCCUAUAACUGCUCUGCAAAUAUUUGUUUGGGAUGAUCGUCGGUUGAUACUACAGGGCCAAGGCCCGUUCGUUCGGGUGAUUGAUGACAGAACCGGUGAUGUGUCGGCUCAGGUUCAGACCUUCCGAAGAAACAACGUCCAUGGGUUCAUCACUCUCAAGCAAGAGCGACAGGAAGACGGGACAAGCCAUGUACAAAUUCUUGUCUGGGGCGGUCGAUCGCUCCGGAAGGUUGAUCUAUCUGUUGGUCCCGCUAGUACAGUGGCAUUGUCCGUGUCCAGCGCCGAAUUUCUUGCUCCCGACUGGAUUAUGAGCGGAUGCGCCUCUGCCCGCAAUGAGCCCCAAGGAGCUUUCGUGGUGACAGCCAACAAUGCAUUGCUGAGUGUGGAAUUAACAGAGAGUGAGACCUCAGAGUACUCCACAGCAAUUCAUAUAUACCAAUUGGCAACCAGUGUCAAAUCUAUUCUAUACUCGGCCGACGUGAUCGCCUUAUCAGCCGCCCAUAUCCUGAUUACCGCUGGGACUGUCUUUGGGGAGAUUAUUGUCUGGUCUUGUUUUGUGGAUGGCACAAAACCACAUAGUGGCGAUGUUGUUGGUUCGAUUCACCAUUUCUUCACCGGGCAUGACGGGUCGAUCUUCGAUGUUCGUAUCUCCCCGAAGAUCGCAUCAUUGAAUGGGACUCAAUCUGGUCGACUCUUGGCAAGUUGCAGCGAUGAUCGGACUGUCAGACUCUGGGAUAUCUCCGACUGUGAGAACAAAACAUCCCAGGACCCUUCGGCGUACUCCACGGACGGCUUCGAACUCCGAUGCACCGGGUUUGGUACUGGUGAAGCACGCGAUCAAGGUAUAGGGUCCGAAUCAUGUGUCGCAAAAGCAUUCGGUCACGUUGCUCGCAUAUGGGGCAUUCACUUUCGCCCCAUCGAAGACCGUUAUCAGACAAGAAUCGGGCUAGUAUCACGCGGAGAAGAUUCCACGUGUGCAUUUUGGGAUCUGACCUGGGAGUCGUCUCCAGAGGGAACAACAACGUAUCAGCUGCUCCAGACUUCUUGGGCCCAUCGCCAUUCUGGGAAACACAUUUGGUCUCUCGACCUCUGCAGCUUUGGCUCCGAUACUUCUAUUCACACAGGCGGUGCCGAUGGUGCUCUCAAAAGUUUGACCAUAAAGGAAGCCGACGACAAGUCAGGGGCCCAUAAUGCCUGCCCUUCAUCGAUAAAAAACGAUGCCACUAAAAGGGUGAAGCAGUCCAAUUUCCAGGGACUCAAAACGUUCGCCUUUGUCGCACAGGACUGCUUUAUUGCGUAUUCAACACGCAGUGAGAUUCAGCUUGGAUACGUGAGCCCAGGAACAGACAGAAAUGUCUCCUGGGAAACAAUCUGUGUCGCAGAGGAUCUUCGCACUUUUCUGGUGAUGACAGGGUCGCCCCAAAAAGGACUGGCAUUACUUGCCAACGCGCAAGGCCUGGUAUACCUGUAUAAUCACAGCACAAAAUCGGUCUCCAACCUCGCAGAGAUAAAAGGUCGACCACUUGGCCUUUUCAUCCUUCAAAGCCAGCCUCCUGGAUUGGAGGGUUCCUCGGAGCGGCUCACUUUCUUUGCCACUUAUCCCACAGAUGACAGGGCAACACUGGUUACCGUUACGAAGUGGAAUUCGGGUCAUCCACAUGUUGAGAUGAAUACCUUCAGUCUGCCAUCUGGAUUUGUAGUGGCAAGUGCGUCCUUGAUCCUCAAUGGUCAAUAUUUGGUGAUCGGUUCCAAGCUUGGUGCACUCGCUGUCUAUCAAGUUUCGAGUCUUGGUCAAUCUUCACAGCCCGUGGUUGAGAAGCGGCGUACCCAUGACCGUGAAAGCGUCAAUUACAUAGGCAGUUUGUCAUCAGUGGUCGAGAAUAACGAAAUUCAAACGGAGUACUUUCUGACUGGUGGCCGAGAUGGAAACUAUUGCCUGCAUGAGGCCUCGGUGCAAGACAAAGGAGAUGAUGCAUUUGCGCUGCAAACAGUGCAUCGCACAUCUCCUGCUUUUGGAAACAUCGAGGGAGCUUAUUUUGACGAGGCAACUGGUGAUUUGAUGUUAUAUGGAUUUAAGUCGCAGCACUUUGUCUUACGAAAUGAGUCCAAGCAUGCGGACAUCGAGUCCAUUGCCUCCGGUGGGGCUCGCCGAACCUGGGCGUUUCACCCCGGCGUCAAGGAUAAAAGCGACCCGUUGCUUUUAUGGAGAGAAGGGCCAGCUCUACGGGCUCGCCGAAUUCAACCUGAUGUGAACCGCUCACUUCGGGCUGGGGGCCACGGACGAGAAAUCAAGACCAUGGAUGUGUUCAACGCUACUGGUGGGAAGCCAUCGCUUUUCGCUACGGGUGCAGAAGACACCAUGGUGCGGAUUUAUACUCCAUCAUCAGCCGCUAAAAGCCCCUGGGGGAGCUUUAAGUGCCUGCAUAUUUUGGAUACCCACAGAAGCGGGCUUCAGCAAGUCAGUUGGUCAAAAGAUGGAAGAUAUCUAUUCACCAGUGCCGCAUACGAGGAGUUCUUGGUCUGGAGAUUCCGCUGGAUACCUUCCUUUGGGCUUGCCACGAUUCUCAUGGCGGCCAGUCCAAAGGAUGACCCGAAUUCUGAUCUCCGGAUCACAAGCUUUGACACGCUGGAAGUGGAUGACUCUGACGCCGACCGGGGUUUCCUUGUGUGCCUAGUGUUUUCCAAUUCCACGCUCAAGAUUUUCCACUUUUCACCAUGCGACGGUGGCCGCUUCACUCUUCUUGCCCGAGGAACCUACAUGACGAACUGUUUGACGCAAGCACACUUCUUGAUGAGGGACUCCUCUGUGAGUCUCAUCACCGCCGCCACGGACGGAUACUUUACCCUCUGGGAUUUGACCCGCACCCUCGAGCCAUUCUACACCAUCUCGCAGUCGACUCUAAGACUCAAACAACCUCUCACCAGCUCUUCUUUGGACGCAGAGAAAAUCACCUGCGAAAGUCGGUACCAAAUCCACUCCAACAGCGUUAAAUCCAUGGAGCUGGUCCCGCUAUCAGAAAGAGCAACGGUGGUCAUCGCCGGAGGUGACGACAACUCGUUGUCUGUGUCUCUUCUAAAGACAGCCUCCACGAACGCCAACCCAACCACGCAUGUAGCCACGAUAUCGGUUCCGGACGCCCACACUGCCUCUGUGACCUCGAUCAAAGUACUGGGACACCAACAGGCCCAGGCUUCUUCGAGUCCUGAAGCGACAGUUAUUACUGUCGCGUCCUCGGGCAAUGACCACCGAGUCAAGAUCUGGUCUGUCACGGUGGAUCCGGCCCAUAUUGCCAGCCAGGCAAUCAAUGUCGAGUUUAUGGUCGACAGGUACAGUUCCGUCGCGGAUAUCUCGUCUCUGGGUCUUCUCCGUCGCUCCAGAGAUGAUCCUGCAGUUUCGGUGCAGGCAUCUGCGCCAAGCGAGACGCAGUCGACACUGCUCGUCUGUGGUGUUGGCAUGGAAAUCCUCGGUAUCAACUCAUGA